GUUUGGUGUGUGCGUAUGUGAUAUGGAAGGGAGAGAGAGAGUUGUGUAAUCUGUCCAUUUUGUAUCGCUCCUUUUCUCCCCUUCAGGCCCCCCGGCUGCCAGACGUCACACCAGUUUAAAACAAGGACAAAAAAAGUUGUCGGGUGAACGAGAAAAAAACUGAAACCCUUCCCUGAUCCGAAUCCAGGGAGGAGUGAGUGAGUGUGACAGCACGAGGGGGACCGAGAGAGAGAGAGAGCGAGCACGCGAAGGAACCUUCUCUCACAGCCACACAGAAUACACAGCGGUUGUUCUGACUAUCACCGAAAGGAACGGAUAAUAACUCACCCCGGGAAUCAACAAAAACACAUAUACGGUGGUCAGAAAGUCGUUACCGGAGGGGAAAUACUUCAGGGCGAGGCCACCGAGAGAAUGCGUCUCAGGUUUCUGUACAGGGUUUAUGUGCUGUGGGGUUUUGUGGCAGUCACAUCCUCUCUGACCAAGGCUGAGAAGAAGAAGGCGACGGGCAGAAGAUCUCGGCAGGUGGACAAUAGUCCGGAGGGGGUGUGGUCUGCCUGGGAGGAGUGGUCAGGAUGUUCUCAGAGUUGUGGAGUGGGCGUGUCACAGAGAACCAGAAAGUGUGAAGCCCCUCCCCGUCCCCUAACCCCACCCCUCUCCCACUCUCCUCCAAUCUGGGGGGGUUCAUCGUUCCUCCCAGGGCGGGCAGGGGGUCCCAACCAUGGCUCUGUCAUCUCCGCCAUCCACCCCUUCUACCCCCCUCAUUACUCUAGCAACCAGCCAUCCCAGUACGGGGGAGGAGGUGGGGGAGGGACAGAGAGACAGCCAGACCCCUUCUAUCCCCCCUCACUCCCAUCAUCCAAUCAGAACCCAGGACUGUCUCUCUAUCGGGACACUCCUAUAGGAGGAGGGGCAGGAGCUGUGCCAGCGCAGUCCUCCAAUCCCACGUCUCCCCUCUAUCGCCCGGAAUUCUCAUCACCCAAUCAGGAGCCAGGUUCUGUUUAUCGCUCCCCCUCAUUUCCUGCCCCCCCAUCCAGCUACAGCCAACCAGCACAGGCCGCCCGCCGGCCAACCAAUCCUGGAACAGGGAGGGUGGGAGGAAGUGGCAGCAGAAGGUCAGUGUUGCCCAAUAGGGGGGCUCUGCCUGCUAGUAGGUCCUCUUCUAUCCGUCCGGGUCAGUUUGGUUACGGCAGGGUUCCCUUCUCUCUGCCAUUACACCGGCAAAACCGGCAGGCCCGCCACACUGAGCACAGCAAUGCUACCAUAGCCACCCUGGUACUAGAGACCGAGGGGCAGGAGGGAACUGUUAACAUUGACCAAAUGGACAGAUCUGGAGAAGGAGAAGAGAAGAGGAGGGGAGAGAAGGAGAGAGAGGGAAGCAAGAACCACAAAGGGAAUAGGGGAGAGAGGGAGCAUGAGAGGAGAGAGGAGGAAAGGAAGAGAGAGAGGGAGCAUGAGAGGAGAGAGGAGGAAAGGAAGAGAGAGAGGGAGCAUGAGAGGAGAGAGGAGGAAAGGAAGACAGAGGGGGAGAGUACGGAGUCACCUGUCGCUAAGGCAUUAAUAAUGACAACCAUAGCUAAACCAGAAAGGAAUGGACAGAGGGACACGGACACUCACAGACAGAGACAAGCUGCUGCGGAGCGAGGGAGGGAGCGAGGGAGAGAAAGAGAGAGAGUGCCCUCGACACUCCCUCACUCACACAGGCUCUCUCCCUUCCAGCCCAACCACGACAGAGUCAUUGAUAGACGCGCCCCUCCUCCCCUCCCCCCUCUGCCUCACCCCUACUCCCCUUCUCUCUCUCACCCCUACUCCCCCCCUCGACACCACUCCUCUCCCCAGCACAGAGAGAGAGAGUCCCCCUAUGGGUUCAACCCUCAGCUCCAAUCCCCUCACCCUGGACCCCCCCAACCCAACAUCUACCCCCUGCAACAUCAGCAGCAUUCCCACCCCCUGGCCGAGGGGGAGACAGGGGGACAGAGAUUACCCCCCCAGAACUACAGGUGUUCAGGAGCAGAGAAUGAGUAUCGUCGGUGCUUCUCACAGGUAUGUGUAGGAGGUGCAGACUCCAGAGCAGAGCAGUGCGCUUCCUACAACAACCAGGAGUUUAUGGGCAGACUGUACGACUGGGAACCUUUCACUGAGGUUGGGGUGGAAAAGCAGUGUGAGCUGACGUGUAGGCCGGUUGGAUAUCGCUUCUACGUGAGUCAGGCAGACAGAGUGAGAGAUGGAACACCCUGCAUUAACACCAGCACCAAUGACGUGUGUGUGGCCGGGCGCUGCCUGACUGAGGGCUGUGAUGGGGUGUUGGGGUCUGGCUUGGUGAUUGACAGGUGUGGUCAGUGUGGGGGGCGGGACCUGUCCUGUCAGAAGCUGAGCGGGAGCUUCCAGAACACCAGUGUUCCCCUUGGUUACCACAGAAUUCUGGACAUCCCUCCAGGAGCUACUGCCAUCAACAUCACAGAGAGACACGCCAGCUCCAACUACCUGGCCCUACGUAGUGGUACAGGUGUAUCUGUAGUGAAUGGGCGCUGGGCGGUGGAUCCUCCAGGAGACUACGAGGCAGGGGGGACUACUUUCACCUACACCCGCCCCAGGGCUCUCUCUGAUGGGCAGGAGGACAGAGGAGAGACCCUUAGAGCUCCAGGACCCACCACCACACAACUGACACUAUAUAUCAUCUUCCAUAGGCAGAAUCCAGGGAUCGACUAUGAAUUCUACAUCCCAACAGAAAAGAAAGUGGAAGAGAGGGAGAGGCCGCGAGAGAGAGAAAGAGAAAGGCCUAGAGAGAGAGAAGUAGAGAGGGAACGACCGAGGGAUGGAGGGAGGGCACCCCUGAGAGACACUAGUUCUCUCAUUGUAACAGUGGAAGACCCUAUCCGUCCUCCCCCCAUCUCCUCUUCCUCCUCCUCCUCUUCUUCCUCAGACAGAUGGACAGCUGAGAGCUCCCGCCCCCGAGGCUCAGUACCCAAUCGGAAUGCUCGAAUCCCACCUCGUACCGACCUGCCCCUCGACACCCAGUCACCCUUCGUAUGGAGGAGGGGCGGGCUCACUGAGUGUACUGCUUCCUGUGGCAAAGGGUCCCAGUACAGGGCGAUCCUGUGUAUUAACCGCCAUACUGACGAGGAAGUCCCAGACAGGAAGUGUGACUCAGCAGUAAGACCCUCCCCUGAGGAGGAGCUCUGCAACACACACCCCUGCCCAGCAUUCUUCGAGGCCAGCUCAUGGUCAGAGUGCAGUGUGUCUUGUGGUAUGGGAGUACAGCAGAGACAGCUUCAGUGCAGACAGAGCUUUGGGAACCGUUCCACCAUGGUUCAACCACAACGCUGCUCCAACCUAACCCCACCUGACCUCACCCAGUCCUGCCAGCUACGACUCUGCUCACACUGGGAGAUAGGCACCGACUGGAGCUCUUGCUCAGUGGACUGUGGCAUUGGGAAGAGAACUCGUAAUGUCCGCUGUGUCAGUGACCAUGGCAGCGUGGUGAAUGACAAGGAGUGUAACACCAGACUCCGCCCACAAGGAAGUGAGGACUGUCACAUGGGGCCCUGUGUAACCAACUGGUACUUCACUGGCUGGUCCAACACUUGUUCAGCCCCGUGUGGUCCAGGUGUUCAGAGGAGAGAGGUGUUGUGUCUGACCCGUGGAGGGAGAGAGGGAGGAGAGUGUUUGGGGGACAAACCGGCGGACAUGAAGGCGUGUAACGGGGGUCCGUGUGCUCCCACCUACAUGUGGUACAGUAGCCCCUGGGGUCAGUGUAGUGCUCCAUGUGGGAAUGGAACGCAGCGAAGGGACAUCAUCUGUGUGGAGAAGAUGGGGACAGAUUUCAAAGUGGCACCGAUCAGCCAGUGUGCCCAGCUGGAAAAGCCUCCCUCGGUGCAGACGUGUGCGAUGGAAGCAUGUCAGCCUCAGUGGUUUACUACGGAGUGGAGCGCGUGCUCUCGUUCCUGUGGUAAGGGGCUACAGAUCAGAGAAGUACGGUGUCUCACACCUGACAAACAGCACAGCCCAGAAUGCUCCCCUACAGACAAACCUGACCAGGAGCAGCUCUGCAAUACCAUACCCUGCAGUCCACAGGUCGCAGAUGAGAACUGCAGGGACCUGCGUCAUAACUGUGUGAUGGUGGUUCAGGCCAGACUGUGUGUCUACUCCUACUACAAGACUGCCUGCUGCGCCUCAUGUACCCAGAGUGCUCAGCGGGCCAAGAGGCACUGACCAGCCAAUAACAGGCUUCGAGCCGAGAUCAGCCAGGGGUCAGGGUUUAAGGGGUUAGAAGUCAAAGCGCAGGUUACCAUAGAAAUGAUCAGACCAUAGAAAUGGAGUUGAUAUAUUACCACAUAAAGUGGGGAUUGAAUUGUGUUCUGGGCCAGAUGUACAGCCGUUAUAGAAGGGAUAUUUUGGAAUGUGAGUUAAUUUGUUACUUACUACAUUUCUUACAUUUGAUGGGUUAUCUGCAUAUGCAAAAAAAUGUGCCAAUGACAUUGUACAGAGCUCCAUAAUAUGGAACAUAUCUGAUUUCUAUGUCCACUCUUUCUGUUUCUAUGGCUGAGAGAUGCUGUGGAUGAUGUAUGUACACCCAGGACCUGGGUCCAGAGCUCUGUCCCAGUAGCCAAACUUGCAUACUACUUAGUGUGAGGUGAAGUAUUGUCCAUGCAUACUAUGUAGUAUGCUAGUAUGGAUAGAUGGGACCCAGAAGGUAUAACCCAACAGCAGUGUAAGUCUAUGAUGUAUGUUUUCUAUGUUUGUGUUCUAUAUGCCAAAAAACGAUUUGAAAUGUCUCCUCAGUGUUUAUACAGCAUCAUCAACAGAAAAUAUACCACUACCUGAGACAUUUGUAUCAUCUGACCCAUCAAUACGUUCAAGAAUGGUAGGUAUUGAAAUAACAUUGUAUUCAUUUAUGCAUUCAUUUUCAGAAAUGCAUUUGCCACAAUAUGCAAAGCUGUGUCUAAGAGUUCAAUUCAGCUGUUUUUAUCUCCAUAUCAAAUCCUUUCUGGGUAACAAUGAAGUACCCUACUGUGACUGUUUUCAAUUCAAAUGGUCAAAAAGAAACUAAAUAACUUCUUAGCAAAGAGCAAUUUCUCAAGCAAGAAUUUUGCUAGGAAACUGAAAACUACUGUAGCUGUUAUUGGCAGAGAGGUUUGAAACUAUUUCUCUUUUUAGUCGCUUAACUAACUGGUGAUGUCACCAUGCAGACCAAAACUUCAUCCCACCAAAACAGGGAGAAAUUUCAGGCGGUCUUUUCAAACAGCUCUUACACUAAAAUGGCAUUAUCAUAAUUUUCACAAUUUCACAGUAUUAUUCCAAACUCAUAGUGUGGAAGGAUAUAUAAAACACAGCAGAAUCACGUUUUUGAGUGCACUGGGCCUUUAACUUCCAAAGGAGCAAGUAACAUCUCCCUGACUAAUUUGUGUUUUUACUGAAAAUGUUUAAAAGGGUUCUGUCUUGGACUUAAACAAAGCUCUUUUUAACGGACAUUGCCCCUAUGCCUUGACAUAGUUGUAACAUGUUCUGUCUACAGCAUACAGACACACACACACACACUCCACGGGUGAACGAUGUGUAUAUUUGUCAGUCAAUAUUACAUUUGUAUGUCUAUAUUUCUGUGUGAACAUAUACUUAAUAUACAUAUACAUAAAUAUCUCCUAUAUUGUGGUAUGAUUAGAAUUUUAGGCGUACUGUACAUGUUAACUGUAUGCAUAUAUUCAUAUAAACUAUUCAUAUUUUUCAGUCAUCAUAUUAAGAAGAACAAAUUAUAUUUUGCUACCCUUAGAUGGUGUGUGUUGUGUGUGUGUUUGUCUUCCUGUCUCUGUGAAGUUGCCUAUUUGUGUUUAUUUGUGUGAGCACGCAGCCAUGGGUGUAUUGUUGUGUGAGUCUAUCUGUGAAUGUCAUUUUCAUGUUUUAUAUCGUUUUUAGUAGAAACAAAAAGUUUUAUAUUAAAAAGUCUGAAAAAAGGAUAGUAAUUUAUCUAUUAUAAAAAAUACAUGUAAUUUAUUAUUUUUCUUAAAUAGGAGCUGUAGCAAAUUCCCUCUGUUGCUACCGUGUCAGAGUUUAUGAUCAGAAGUUAUUGUGUAGAAGUAUAUGGAUUUUGUAUUAUUUUGAAAAAGGCAAAAGAGUGUGUGGAAAAUGCUAUCACAAACUUAAUCUGAAAUAAAAACUGAAACCAGAAAAUA